AUGACUACGGAAUCCGUAGGCACGCCGGAUUCAUACUCCUCCCCGCCGGUGACGAUAAUUCUUACCAUCAUUCUCCUCGUCUGCUUCUUCGUCGGCUUCUUCUCCAUUUAUUUUUGUCGGUGUUUCAUGGACAGCAUGUUUUAUUCGUGGUAUUUCCGGCGGAACGCCGUCAGCGCCUCCGUCGGCCCGGCGGCACCUAGCGGGAGUCAGGGCCUUGAUCCUACGAUAAUCAAGACAUUCCCUACGUUCAACUAUUCCCACGUGAAGGAUUACCGGAAAGAAAAGUACGGCCUUGAAUGCGCCAUUUGCCUGUCGGAGUUUAGCGACGACGACAUGCUCCGGCUGUUAAACGCUUGUUGCCACGUCUUCCACCAAGAGUGCAUUGAUCUCUGGCUCGAAUCCCACAAGACUUGCCCGGUUUGCCGGCGGAGCCUCGAUGAGACGGAGAAGUCGCCGGAAAAGUCGCCGCCACAGACUGGCCAUAACGCCAUGCAUGGAAUUAAUGAAAACGAGGCUAUAGAAGAUAGUCAUGUAAUUACAAUUAAGGACGAAGCCGGGGACGUAAGAAGAGGCGGCGGCGCCAGCGAGGGGGAGAAGGAGGCGGAGGCGGCUAGCGCCGGCCACUCCGGCGUGGAAAACGACGUUCAAAAUAGGGUGGAAAAGUUUUCGAGGUCGCAUUCAACUGGGCAUUCGAUAGUUAGAAGUAGAAGCAACGAAGACAAGUUUACGCUGAAAUUGCCGGAGCAUUUGCAUGCGAAGCUGAUAAGGGGCCAUAAUUGGACGGCAAGUUGUAUCACCUUCGGGGAAUGCAACGGCAAGACUCCGGCCGGGAACGGUGGUUUCGGUGAGGUAUCGGAUUUUUCGGGCGGAAAAGUCGACGAAGUAUAA